AUGGCAUACGCCGCUGAAGACGUGCGCAGGACCCAGCUGGUGCCAAACGAAAAGCACCCUGAUGAGGUUGUCGAUAAUGACAAGGAGGCGGCGAUGGGCUUUCGAGCCUCGAUACCAGCGGAGCAGCGGGAUGAUGGUGGAAAACGUCAAGAACGAACUCAGAGUGGCCCGCAUCCAAUCCUCUACCAUCAUGCCGCUCCACUCACUCCCACGCCUCAUGCCAACGCUUCUGACCUCGAGGUGCUCGACAGGUUCAUCUCUCUCGCCGCAGCCGGUGCGGAGAAAGAAGAAAUCAUCGGUUUUCUAUCCGUCCCCGAAAAGGGCGAAGGUCUGAUCAAGGUCAUCCAGUCACUGAUAGGAACACGACAGACUGGCAAUGCUGAUGCACUUGGUGUGAAGCGGGAACGAGCGGAGUCGUCCGGUGACGUUGACGAUGAUGAGUCUGUCGAACAUAUUCGUGGCCCUGGUCGCAGAUACAAACCUAGCUCGUCACUUGUCAGGCUUGAUAACGGUGACGACCUUUUACCACUAUACAACGGGAGCAGAGCCAUUUCCUCUCGCAGCAAUUCAACUGGCCGCAGCAACGAUUCUGGUCGUGCUGUUGUACCUCUCCUCCCGAACCACAACGCUUAUCGAGGUAACAGUACCAAUUCUUCCCGCACCACUUCUUCUGGUCAUAGCAACAUUUCUUCUCGCGCUGAUCCGCCCCUUCCCUCAAGCCGAAAUGCUACCGCCCGAGCAUGCCCCCCUCUUUCAAUUCCGUCCGACUUCCUUCUCGGAACAUCCUUCAUCACCCCCCACGGUAUCACUUCACCCCGCAAGUGGCUCAACUCUGACUUCGACACCCUCGUCGACCACUCCAUGUCGUUCAUCGCCAUCAUCGCCGCCAACAUCCUCACCCCCACAUUCCCCGAAACCCAGAAACGAUACAUUGUGCUCCAUUUUGGCAAUAACGAUUGGAGCCUGCUCUACGUCCCCUCCACCGUCGGACUUUACAAAGACCCAACCCUGCACUUCACGUUCAAGGAGGGAACUCUUGUUCAUCUCAAGAACGUUUUUGUCCACGAGAGCAAGCAGCGACACUUGCUCAAAUUCACCGAGACUUCGUUCAUUGAGAAAGUCGAUACCAGAGAUCCGCUCAAGCAUUGCGCAGAAUUCAAUGCUCGUCUCAAUGCGCAGCACAGGUGA